GCCAAGCCUUCAAAUAGACUCCUGCAAUAUCAGUGUGCCUUGGCUCCGUCCCUACAGUUAUUCUGCCUUCCAGCAGCCUCGCGUGUGCUCUGAUCCGGAGAAGGGUUUAAUACGUCUUCAUAAAGGGAGGCCUGAAUGCUGACCCCAGCUUCUGGAAAGCGAUGAUUAAACUCGAAGUGUGGGUGCCUCACGCGGAGGAUUACCAUAUCACUUUGAAGAAACUGUCCUGACAUAAGAUGCACCCUGCUUUGAAGUGAUAGUUCUGUCUAAUUCAGAGCAGAGAUUUUUACCCCAGACUCUCUCAGAUGGACUCAGCAGGAACUUGAAUGUGGAUGUCCCACAGCCUGUAGCUCUCCAGAGUAUGAAAACGGUUUCAACUCACUGCAAAAAAUACCAGCUUUGACUGAAAGGAGUUGGAUUCUCGCGACUCAGAGUGAACAAGGGAGGUGCUACCUGUUUUGAGAGUCUGCCUGAUACAGGGAAAAGAGUGUUUAUGGACUAGCUUUGAAAUCAAAAGCAUUUGUAUCAGAAAAACACAGUACCAGAUUCCAUCAUCUGUCCAUCUGUCAGAGAGAAGUGACCCAGAAAUACUGGCCAACCGCUCAGCUCCAAACAAGGUCAAAAUUCAUCCGUUUCAUUCUAAUUAGCUUUGUUUUAACCAUCCUGUAGAAGACAAAUAUGAUGCCAAACAGAAGUAACCUCUCCUCCUUUCAGAAUGUUGGAUCAGAUUCCAGUAAGAUUAUGGCAGAGUACAGCCACGCACAAAACCAGAUGGAAUUACAAAAUGCUAGUUUGGGAAAGGGUUCUGUGGUGAAUUCACUUGAAAACGGUCUCCAGGAUAUUAUGGAAAACCUCAACCCGAAGAAAUAUUCAUCAAGUCUCAAAUUUAAAACAAACGGGGACUAUGCUGGUUCUUAUUUAACCCUUUCACAACCUGUGCCCGCUAAAGCCAAUCCUUCCUCCAAUGUUAAAAAUACACACUCGAUUACCAAAAUUCAAGGAGGUAAGCUGUUCCCUUGUGAGAGCCCAUAUCUUUCAGAUAAAAGCAUCCCUGUAAAGCAUUUGAGUUCUGUAUCUGGCACUUCUCCAUCCUUCGGCGGGUACAGCUUGGGAAGGACAGACUUUGAUAUCCACGCCAACAGAGAAAAUGAAAAAUCCCUUGGACAUGUGGAUAAGUUUCACUACUCAAAGUACAGUCAAAAAAACAAAUCGUAUGACAACGUCUACUUCCCCGGAAUGCUGGACAUGAAGAAGAUCUCAGGCUCUCUUCUUACAAUGUGGAAUGGAAGCUCAGGGAGUGAACUGACGCUUUCACCUGUAAGCAAUUCAGGGGCAGCCAGCAUGCCUUCGAGCCCAAAGCAAGGCAGGAGGAUGAAUAUUCAAGACAGCCUGGCUCUUCAUGCGAGACCAGUUAAACACAAGGAUGUGGUGACAGAGCCUCUGAGUUCACGACCUAGGAAAUACUCUGGCGGAUCUCUAAGUCAUAUGGGAAUGUACAGUCGUUCCCUACCCAGACUUUAUAAAUCAACAGAAAGCCAGUUGAUGCCAUUAAGUUUGCCCCCGAGAAACUCUCUGGGUAAUACUAAAAGGAAAAAACUUGGCGAAAAAGAUCUACCUCAGAAUGUUUUAGAUGCUGAUAAUUACCUGAAUUUUUCUUCUUGCAGCUCAGGGGUUUUGCCACAUGCAAAUUCUGUGUCUGAGAAUAAUCCCUAUGUUAGUUCGACUCUUAGUGUUCCUCCAAGUCCUCGAAUUGCUAAAAAAAUGCUUUUAGCUUCUUCUUCCUCCUUUCUUUCUGAUGAUUUUGAUAGAUUUGGGCUCUCAGGAACAAGUCCCAGUAAUUCUUUCUCCCCUGUGGACUUUGACAGAUCAUUCUCUGUCAGAAGAAACCUCUCCACUAGUUCCAUAGAAUUUGAUGAAAUGGAUUUGGAAAGUUUCAGACAGACACCAAACUCACUGCAAACUUCUGUAAGAGAGCGGAAGAACAGCAUUAGUUCCAUUUCUGGAAGAGAUGACCUCAUGGACUAUCACAGGAGACAGAGGGAAGAGAGACUUAGGGAGCAAGAGAUGGAACGCCUGGAGCGUCAGCGGCUGGAGACAAUCCUCAAUUUGUGUGCAGAAUACUCCAAAUCUGACAGUGACCCUGCUGCAGCUACAACAGUUGCUGAUGUUCAAAAAAUUAACAAAGAACUUGAAAAACUUCAGCUAUCGGAUGAAGAUUCAGUGUUUGAAGAUUCACAGAUGAAUCUUGAAACAAGGUUUAGAAACCACUUGAAAUCAUCUGCAAGUGAUUCAGAUUUUUCAGAGUUGAGUAAUCACAGUCGCAGUGCUGGUGCUUUCCUUUCCUCUAGAGGGUUGAAAGCUGAUGAACACUUCAAUGAAACCAUGAAGACUCCACCUUUAGCUCCUUCUGGCUUCCUGAAGGAUUCCACUGAAUCUUCCUACUUAAGUAUCACACCAAAGGUACCAGAAAGCAUAAGUGAUGAGCAAAGACGGCAGGAGCUUGGUCAACUAGAGGAGGAGCGCAUAGCAAUACUAAAUAAUUUGGAAGAACUUGAACAGAAGAUCAAAGAUUUAAAUGACCAGAUGGAUGAGUCCUCAAGAGAGUUGGAUAUGGAAUGUGCCCUUUUGGAUGGGGAACAGAAAUCUGAAACAACAGAGCUUCUGAAAGAGAAGGAAAUUUUGGAUCAUCUAAACAGGAAAAUAGCUGAGCUGGAGAGAAAUGUUAUUGGUGAAAAGACAAAGGAAAAAUUAAAACUUGAUGCUGAGAGGGAAAAACUAGAGAGGCUUCAGGAGCUUUACUCCGAGCAGAAGACGCAGCUUGAUAAUUGCCCUGAGUCCAUGAGGGAACAAUUACAGCAGCAGCUGAAGAGGGAUGCUGAUCUGUUGGACAUAGAAAGCAAACAUUUUGAAGAUUUGGAAUUUCAGCAGCUUGAACAUGAGAGCAGGUUAGAUGAAGAGAAAGAAAAUCUGACACAACAGCUCCUGCGUGAAGUAGCUGAAUAUCAGCGUAGCAUUGUCAGUAGAAAGGAAAAGAUUUCUGCUCUCAAAAAGCAAGCCACUCAUAUUGUCCAACAAGCACAGAGGGAACAAGAUCAUUUUGUAAAAGAGAAAAAUAACUUAAUAAUGAUGCUGCAAAGGGAAAAAGAGAAUCUCUGUAAUCUGGAAAAGAAAUACUCUGUACUUUCCGGAGGAAAGGGAUUUCCUGUCAGUCCCAAUAGUCUAAAAGAGGGUUAUAUCAGUGUAAGUGAAAUUAGUGAGCUGUAUGGCAAUUCCACGAAUAUAUCCCCUUCCACUCAGCCCCCCACAGAUGCUGAAGCAGUUGCCACUGAGCCCUCCACGGCUGUGCUGACGUGCCAGCCACAAAAUAAAGAGCAUUUCAGAAAUCUGGAAGAGCGAAAGAAGCAGCACAGGGAAUGCAUGUAUAUGAGUGAUACUUUACCUCGCAAGAAGACGACUCCAUCUGUAUCACCGCACUUCAAUAGUGCUACUCUUGGACGAAGCGUUACAUCUAAAGGACAUUUACCACUAGGACAGAGCAACAGCUGUGGCAGUGUACUUCCUCACUGCUUGGCGACGAUGACCAAAGAGUCAGAAUCAAGAAGGAUGCACAAAGGGUAUAACCAUCAACGUAUAUGCGAAGAACACAGGCAGAAAUCUCCUGAAUUCUACAGCAGAACUGCAUCUGAAUCUAAUGUGUAUUUGAAUAGUUUCCAUUACCCAGAUCGUAGCUACAAGGACCAUGCCUUUGAUACAUUAAGCUUAGACAGUUCUGACAGUAUGGAGACAAGCAUAUCAGCAUGCUCACCAGAUAACAUUUCCAGUGCAAGCACUUCAAAUGUUGCAAGAAUAGAAGAGAUGGAGAGACUGCUGAAACAAGCACAUGCUGAAAAGACCAGGCUGCUUGAGACCAGGGAACGGGAGAUGGAAGCUAAAAAACGAGCUCUGGAAGAAGAGAAGCGUCGCAGAGAGCAACUGGAGAAAAGACUGGAAGAAGAAACUAGCCAGAGGCAAAAAUUAAUUGAAAAGGAAGUUAAGAUACGUGAGAAACAAAGAGCACAGGCCCGUCCCUUGACUCGCUAUUUGCCCAUUAGAAAGGAAGACUUUGAUCUGCGAAGUCACAUUGAAACAGCUGGUCACAACAUAGAGACCUGUUACCAUGUCUCCCUCACAGAGAAGACCUGCCGAGGCUUUCUGAUUAAGAUGGGAGGGAAAAUUAAAACAUGGAAAAAACGGUGGUUUGUUUUUGACAGAAACAAGAGAACUUUUACUUACUAUGCAGACAAACACGAAACUAAAUUAAAAGGUGUAAUAUAUUUUCAAGCUAUUGAAGAAGUUUAUUAUGAUCAUCUAAAGAAUGCAUAUAAGAGUCCCAAUCCACUGCUCACUUUCAGUGUUAAGACACAUGACCGGAUAUACUAUAUGGUUGCUCCAACGCCAGAAGCCAUGAGAAUAUGGAUGGAUGUUAUUGUUACAGGCGCAGAAGGCUACACCCACUUCAUGUUAUAAUAAAAUGGGGCAAUAGGGCAUAUUGCAAUAACCUAACAUAUGAAGUUAGCCAUAUGUAGUAAAAUCCAAAAAGCCACAUACAUUGCUGGUGAAUGCUCAGAAAUAUCCUCCUUAUGAUAUGCACCCAAAACCUCAGAAUGAAAGGGUUUUAUAAAUGCAUUGAAAAGGAGGACCUGUUGCUUAUUUUAGUUGAUCUGUAUAGGAGCAAAAAGAGCUAAAGCUGUUCAAUCACAGUGCUCUGAAAUGGAUAAUCAGGCAACUUAAAUGACAGCAUCUUGAUUAAAUGAUAGUUCUGUACAAAUUCUCCUAUGCAGAGAAUGUCUUCAUAAGCUCAUACUAAACAGUUUACAAAUGUGUGUGUUCUCAUCAGUAUGCAAAAAUUCUAGUAAUGGAACAAAAAGGUAUAAUAGCAUAUAUUUUAAUAUGCAGCAUUUGACAUUUAUAGAUGAUUAGCUGACUUUUUAAAACUUUUAGUCAAGUAUUUUAUAAAAAAAUAAAAAGCAACCCUAAGGUACACACACUUGCCUUAGUAGUUAAAUAUUUGCAACAGAGCCAAAGAGUUAUAAAAUUCCCCUAUCAUAAUGGGUUUUUUUUUUUCAAAUCGUUAGUUGUACUUUAGCUUUCUAUAAUGGGACAGUGCCAAAACUCUUCCUGACUUUUAACAUAAUUAAAUUGUUAAAAUAUUCUAUAUGGUCAAAUAACCCAGUUGCACCAAGUGGAUAUUUAAAGUCUGCAUCUGUGGAGCUCAACAACAAAAAAAGAAGAUAGCUUUAUAAAGAUCGAUUUUUUUUUUCUUCUUCCACAAGGUGAUACUAAAAAAAAAAAAAAAAAAAAAAAAAAACAGGAAACUUGAUAUUAGAAGGAAACUUUGUCAUAAGGAGGUGUUUUCUUAAUCUGCCCUGUUGAAUAGAUUGAGCUGGAUCUUGCAUCAAUUUUCUUUUGAUGUAGUCAGGUCCUAGUAUGGUUUUAAUCUUACUCUGUGCCAAGUGAACACUCUAUUCAAAUGUCUCAAAUAUUGGUCCCUGUGAAGCCAGUGUCAAAAUAUCUACCUAUCUAAAUCCAUUAAAGCCAGGAUUUCAGUCCAGAAUGUUUUUUUUUACAUGCAUGUCUGCACAGAGUAAUGCUGACAAAUAGAAUACAAAUAAAGAGGCAAUUUCUAAGAGUUUACACUAAGCAGUGUAUAAAUAAAAAAAAAAAGCUCAAAGUUUCAAGUAACUGAAAUCUGAGGAUGCAGUGGUCUCCGAUUUAAAACCUCUUUCAAGUCCUUGACUAAUAUUGCAAAAACGUAUUUAAUGGAACUGAAUUUCAAGAAAGGCUCAUUUAUUAUGACUUUAAAGAAGUCCCCAUUCCAGUAAUCGAGUUGUAUGUGCUAUGUGGUUUGUGUAAUUAAAGAAAGCACAUUAGACGUUUUUCCAUAAUGAAAAGUUAAUGGCUUUUGAUGGAGCAAAUUAAAAACUGAAAGCAGAAUAAAAAUAGGCUGACAGAAUAUUUUUAUUGUACUUUUAAAACCCUGUAUCUGUAAUGAACGGGUAUGAAUUCUUUUUUGUGGUAUACACAGGUGACAUGGUUGGUCUAGCAUGAUAUACACCACUUCUGACUUGAAUCAUGAAAGAAGGGACAGUUAUCAUCUGUGCAGAUCACCAUAAGAAGCUUGUAAUCUAAUGAUUUAAAGCACUAUCAAAAAUUAAUUGCUUUGGUUUAUAUAAUUAUUAUUGUUCCCUGAUGUAUCUUGAUUUUACUUAUAAGUAUGGUUAUAAAGGUUUUCUAAUCAUGAUUUUUGUAUCCUGCAUGAUGCAAUGAAGGCAUUUCAAUAAAUGUUUUUAAAAACACA